UCGGCAACUUAUACUAUGAUAAAAUCUGACCUACUGUAUGGAUGCACGGUGUGCGAGUAUAAACUGUUAAUACCUUCAUACAAAAUACAGUCAACAUCAGUGCCAACAAAAUAACUGUGUUUGAAAACGGUUCAUUCGCGUUUUAAAUACCGAAAAAGAGCCAAGAGUGCUACUUAUGAAAGCGCUGUGCAUUGCAUUCUAUUGGAAAGGAAACACAUUGGAAUCGGUCUAUUUCUUUUUCGGAAAUAGUGGCGCUCUAAAACAUGUGAUCUCAGCAGCCAAUUAUAACAAUUAUGUAAGAAGAGAAACACGAGAGUCGCCAUAACGUUUAGUUGCUAAUCGCACAUGUGAUAUAAAGUCGGAGAGAUGAUCAUGGCAGUGGUAUUACGCUUUAAGCGCUUGUUAGAAGCAGCUAGGAAAUUAAAUAGUUUCAAAAUGGACAGAUUACACUUUCAGUAUUUAUUUCAAUGAAAGAUCAAGCAUAAUAAUAAUCGAGAUAAUAUAUCAGGGAAACUUUGCAUGAGAUCAAGUAGUUAUUAACAGUUACAAAAGAACAACACGCGACAUUUGGAAACUUAAAUUGAUGAAAAGAACGCUAUCAACGGCAUUUGUAGAAAUUUGCGUACAUUAAUUUAACCAUUUUGGUGACAGAAUUAGAACGGAAAUUCCACCUUUUGUUUACAAUUCAAUGUAUGUAUGCGUUGCUACUCUCUGAUUGACAAAACAAAUGAGAGAACUAUUGUAGCGAUAAGCUAGUUGAUAUUCAGUUUACACCAGCAGUAUAGUUUGAUACUACUACAUUAUUGAACUGUUACUACAUAAUAACUCGCUACCCCAAGCUACACACAGUUUAGAUAAGUAGUAGUUUUCAUUGUUUUGUGUACGUUAACACGCCGGAACUCUCCAUUAACUAUGAGCAUACAAUACCUGCUUUGCUUCCUCUGGAAUAUGAUUCUAUUCCUGGAUUUCUCGUCUGCUCGACCUGAAUCUUCAAGACAAAACAUUCUUAUAGAUGUUUCUUCACUUGACAAACGUGAUGGUGACCUCGGGUUUUUCUCAGGGCUAGACUACAGAGACAGUGAAGAUGUAAUUGAUGAUCAUUUCCAUCGACAGGCAUAUGAAAAUAUCGUCGAAAAACUCAAAGUUUCGAUGGACCACGAGGAAAGAGCGUUUCCAGAAAAGUUUCAGUCAGCAAUUGCAGUUCAAAGUGGUCGGCCUUUUGAUAUUACAGGCAAGUCAACUCCUUGGCCAUCGUGGAUACAACCAAAGUCACCCAUCUAUCUAUUUCACCGGAUAGGUUCUAAACCUCCAUGUAAACCCUCAUCAGAUGCUGGUCAAAUACAGCAAGGACUUAAUCCUAAGCCAACGUUUAAAAUGAGCGACGUACGGAAGUCGCCGUACAUAAGCCUGUUGCCUUACGUGAGACGGCCUUACUCGCGAUCCGGGAUGGUAUCGGCGACGAAGCGAUCGGCCAUUGCCCCUCCGUCACGUGAUUGGUGCCUAUUGCUCCGUGGGUACAGUUGCCCGUAUGGGUGACAACGGCAACUUGAACAUUGUAAUACAAGAACUAUUUGUGUAAAAAACGGAUAGUUAUCAUUCCAAUUCAAAUCCAAGCAUUUAAAAACCAAAAAAAAAAUCAACAUUUUUUUUUCACGUCAAUAAUAAAUCGUCUAAACAGUCAGGUUGCAUUUACUUAUCUAGUUGUCUGUUUAGUUAUCCGCCAAUUUUCCUUCUUUGUCUGGCUUUACAGCCUUGUGUGUGGUUGUAACUGGUUUUAGAUGUGUCGCCUGUCGAGAUAGCAAAGGUCACUGUGACCUUGGUCUUUGACCUACUGACCCUCAAAAACAAUAAUGGUCAUUAGCUGACAAAAAUACUCUACAACAAAUCAUACCAAAACAAAGUGUGACGUGGUCGACGCGGACGGUGCGGACAACGUCAACGGACAAAUUAAUCCAUAUUUAUAUCAUGCGCAGGUGCAACAUAAAUUUAACAAUAUGAAAAAGAAACAAAUAUAAAAAAAAUAGAAGACUGAACUAUACAAGUAUUAUAUAAAUAUAACACGAUUUGUAUUUU